GUAUCCGGACGCCCGGUACCGAGUCGGUGGUGGAUUAACGUUCUUUUUCCAAGUGAACGAGAGUCGAGGAUGGCCGAUGCAGCGGUGAAAGACGUGCCUCCUACCACAGAAGACCAAGGCGUUGCCCCUGACCCCAAGGGUGACGGAGCUGCGGAGUCCAAGACGCAAGAUAACGACGAGGCGACGGAAGCAAAGAAUGCGGAAAAGGCCGCGGAUCAAUCUGCUGCCAAGCUCGACGUGCAGUCGCUUCCGAUCCGAGCGUACUUGGACCAAACGGUUGUGCCAAUCUUGCUGCAGGGCAUGUCGUCCUUGGUCAAGGAGCGUCCCCCCAACCCCAUUGAAUGGCUCGCGGCCUAUUUAAUUAAGAACAACCCCCAAGGCCCGAGCACCAACGCCAAAUAAGGCUCGAAUGCUAGUACACGUUUUCAAUUGUCUCGCG